UAUGGAACAUUUUGAAUUAAAAAAAAUGAAAAAAUAAUUGUUUUAAAUGUUAAGAUUUUUUAAUUGAGCUUUAAUUAAGUGUCGCUUCAUAUGUAAAACGAUUAUAACUGGAUGUUAAGUGUUAAAACACAGUAAAACUGCGUUAGAAAUCGAGGCGGUUAUAAGCCAAGUUAAAAACGCAAAAAACGCAUUUAUCAGUGAGUUUUUUGCAAAUUUAUUGCUGCGAGCACUAAAAAUAGACACGCAGCUUUAAUACCUGCUACACACAGAUGGCCAACAUAACAUGACUCCUAGGGGGGAAGAUCCCCUCAAUAGGGGAUCCACCAACAAAAACAGCAUUCAGGACAAAGUGGCUACAUUGUUUUACAGUUUGGGGCUUUUGUGCAGUAGCUAUCCUACUUGUAUUCUUGUAUUUUCUAUUGCUGUCAUUGUUGGAGCAUGUCUACCAUUGCUAAAUAUUCCUUUGCCCCUAACCUCACCUCACCAAGAAUGGAUCUCAAGCAACAACCUCACAGAUGGUCCUCGCCCUUAUUGCUAUGUGCAGCAAGUAAUUCUCAAAGCUGCAGUUUUACCUUGGGAACCUGAUCUCAUUUUGGGGGAUGCUUUUAGGGCCCCAUUAUAUGAAUCUUUUAAACUGCUGGACAUUGUCAGGAAUUAUGAAGAUGGAGAGAGCCAUAAAACUUUAGGGCAUGUAUGCCUUCACAUAGAAGCAGUGGCAAAGGGUAGAGAGUACUCUCCAGUGAUGCCACAGUACAGCUGUUUGGUACUGUCACCUGCCAACUUGUGGCAUCAGGAUAUUAACUUGUUCAGUCAAGACAGUGCUAUUUUGACUACCAUCUACAACCAACAUAAAUAUCAAAAAGGGAAGAUUUCAGUGGCUGAAAUGCUGUUUGGAUUGCCAUUAAGGGAGUCAGGUUUUAAGAGAUACCCUUUAAGGCACCGUCAAAGGGUUAUACAGUUUGCUGUCACCUUGUUUUUUAAAGAAUAUGAUAAAGGGUUUAUCCAAGGGCUUCAUGAGAAACUUAUUACGCUUUACCCACUUCAUCAGAACAACUCUAAGCCUCCCUCUGACACCCUUAUAAUCCACUAUCCUGAAGAAAUUGACUAUCUAGAACUUUCUCCUCUUAUAGCAGCUUUUAUAAUGCUCUUUCUUUACUACUACUUUUACGUAAGAAAAAUUGAUGACAUAAAAUCGAAGGCGGGCCUAAGUUUUGCAGCAAUGUUCACUGUUCUAUGCUCACUUCUCAUGACCAUGGGGAUAUGUUUCAUAUUUGGUCUUACCGUAAAUUGUCAACGCGGCAAAUGGAUAUUUCCGUAUCUAGCGAUACUUUUGGGGCUGGAAAAUGUCUUGGUGCUGACCAAAAGUGUUUUAAUGACCCCAUUACAUUUGGACGCUAAAAUCCGACUUGCCCAAGGCCUAAGCAAAGAAGGUUGGUCAACCACCAAGAAUCUAUUAAUCGAAAUUACCAUUUUAACGUUUGGUUUAUUCACUUUCGUGCCUUUGAUACAGGAGUUUUGUAUUUUCGUCCUCGUAAGCCUCUGUGCGGGCUUGUUUCUGCAAAUAUUCUUCUUUUCUACCGUCUUGAGCAUGGAUUUGAACAGGGCCAGCAACACCAUCGAAAAAACCAAUCAAAGCUUUAGAAAUGCCUUGUAUCAACCUUUGGCAACGUUGGAUUAUAACAGUUUUAAUAAGGGUAUGAGCAGAUCCAGAUCGCAUCCGAGAUUGAGUUUUCCGGCCAACGUUGUGGCGGGGCAAAAACACGCCGCGCCCCAAGAAAAGAGGCUCCCGAAACGGCUGCGCAUGGUCAACAUUUGGGCGCGCACGCGCUUUUUCCAAAGGAGUUUUAUGAUUCUCAUGAUAAUCUGGAUCUGCAUGAUCAUCUACAACGGAGACUUGAUCAACAAUUACUUUUUAAACCAAAUGGACGAUCGGCAAAACGGCACCAGCACUCGCCAGUUGAAGAACUAUCUGAACUUAAACUUUUUCCCUUCCACCGUAAAUUCCACGUUUUCAGUUAAAAGUGUCAAUUACGUCACUUACAGUCCUUUAUCAGUAAAUGGUUCGUUCGACAUCGAUAAACUGAAGCCGAGCGAACACGAGCCUCACGUCCAACUAGCCACCAGUCGCUUUUUAAGUCUGAUCUUAAGCAAAUAUAAUAUUAGUGUCAGCGGCAAAUCUGUUGCGGUGUUGCCGAGUAUUAAGCUUGCGCACGUUAUUAGACCGGAUCAGGCGGCCCAGUUGCGGAAUCCUGAAGAGAAAUAUGGGAAAAAGUUGCAAUGGCAGGCACUAGCAGCUGCCCUCGAUCCGAUCGACUUUAAUGGAGACUAUCCAUCGAUGGACCAAAUGGAUCAGCCCUUCUAUCCGAGAUCCCCAAUGGAAAUUAUGUUGCUUUCCAUUUUGAUCUGUAUUAGUGUGAUAGUGUUGGCCUAUGGGCUUGUGGUACUUUAUAAGUGCGUUUGUUCGAGGAAUUAUGCGGAAUGGAGGGCUUCUUGGUAUCCGGAGAAAAACGAGGAACCUGUCGAUGAUCAGGUUCUGUUGGAAGCGGUGCCUGUCGUGUUGGAUGGGCAUGCUCACGAGGUCGAGUGUAUUGCAACAGAUGGCGUACACUUGGCGAGCGUCUGCCUAGCGGGCCAACUAAAAAUCUGGGACAACAGCACCGGGGAACUCCUGACCGUAAUCGAUCGUAAGGCCUACUUCACCCAAACGGAGCGGAAACGUAAUUCCUCGUUGGACACCGACGAUAUUUCAGACUACGAAAGCGGAUCGCCACCAUCGAGGGACGAAGUGUUUCCCACCCUAGUCAAUCGAAUCAAUCCAGAUUUUUCAAACUUACGGUCCCGGUCACUUAACGAACCUUUCGAUUCGCGUUACGAACUGUACAAGUCUUACAAGUAUCACUAUAUUAGCGAUAAGAGUCUUUUGAAGAAGAGAAAAGCCAGCGUGAAGGAGGAUGUGCUUAGCAGCGAUUAUAAUAUCAGGAGCGGCACCACGUACGGUCGGAUUUCUUCCGUGUGGUGCAUGGAUUACGUGGAUAAUAUGGUGAUUAUCGGUUGCGCCGAUGGUCGAUUGGAGUUUUGGGAAGCGACCACGCAAAAACUGAAGUGUAUUUUCGAGGAUGGUAACGAUUCUGGUGUGACGCACGUCAAAAUGAUCGGAUCGCGGGUCGUCGCGGCGAGGUUGUGUGGCUCUUUGGAUUUUAUGCAAUUGCAGACGUACAAUCAGGGACGACCGAUCGAUUGGAACUUUAGUAACGCGUAUAGGAGGACCCACAUUAGGACUGGGUCUAUGGGAUCUGAGAGGGAGAUUAAAGGACAGACCGACCAAGAGGAAGAUCUGCGCUGCAUCAAACUGAUCACAGUUAAGGCUCACCCUCAGCCAAUCACGUGUCUGGACUGUGAGGGUGGACGAAUAGUGACUGGUAGCCAAGACCACACCCUUAAAGUGUACAGGGUUGAAACCGCUGACUUGCUUUACACCCUGCAUGGACAUUGUGGGCCGAUCACUUGCAUGUUUAUCGACAGGGUGUGUCCGGCGACUUCUGGGAGCGGGAGUCAGGAUGGUAUGGUGUGUGUUUGGGAUCUGCUAUCGGGCACUUGUAUGUAUAGCACCCAAGCCCACGACGGAGCCGUCAUCUCCCUGACUUACUCCGCCAGUUACGUUAUCUCCUUAGGCAUGGACGAGCGUUUAUGCGUGUGGGAACGAUUCCAGGGUCACCUCUUAAACACAAUCUUGGUCGGUCAAGUGUUUUCGAAUCACGUGUUGAUGCUCGCGUCCCAUCUGGUCGUCACCGGUAAAAAUGGCGGCCUGGUCAUUUGGGACGUGCGCAACGGUGAGUGUAUUCGGACUAUAACGUUGGGCCGAGACCCGUUCGUAUUUAUUAAUCAAUUGAUUUUGUUGAGGGACGCCGUGUUGUGUGACUACGGUAGGCAGUUGAGGAUCGUGAGGUUCCCGUUGAUCACGCAUAAGUUUGACUGAGGUGGUUUUGUUAAUGUUGUAAGAGUUGAGAGUUGUUUGGGGUCAAUGUUUUACACUAAUGGACAACAAAACUACAGAGAUUUUUUUAAAUUAAAAAAUAUAUAGUAGCAGAGAGUAUAUUGGAAAAACCAGUUCGUCGAACUUUGUAUAGGGUGACCACACAUUGUGCAUUGUGUAAAAAAAUGAGAUGAGAUGAGCUUUAGAAUUGUAAUUACUUAUUUUUGCAAGGUCCUAAAACAGGAGAGGCACAUUGUAUCCACAAAUGACUUGAGGAAGAACUAACUAAGUUGGUUUUCGCAAUAUAAUACUCUCCCUUUUUCUUAGCAGACCAAAUAGUUCGAAUAUACUUUAUGUGAACAUAAAUACGACAACGAAACUGCAGGGAGAAACAUUCUUUGCUACUUUAUAAUACGGCAAACAUUUACUAAACUAAAAUGCGUGGGUAAAAGUAUUGUUCAUACGGUUCUAACAAAUGUUCUUCGUAGAAGAUACUGGCACACUCUGAGGUACAAUUCAGAACUUGCCAGAUUUGGUGCUAAGAUCUUAGGUGUCUCCAAAUUAAUCCAACAACCUCUAAGCAAAGUAAAUUUUUAGUUGAUUCCAAGCAUCUGUGUGUGCGAAUUUCACUAAGCCUCUUUAAAUUAUACUCAAGACUUAACAUGUCUCUGAGUAAAUUAGCUUUUGUUUUAUUUCAGGCAGUUUGUUCCUGGUUUUUGAGUUUUUCGAAAUUGCUUUAAGACUCUGUAAAUUACAUUCAAGUGCCUAGAUAAAGCAAAUUGGUAUUAUUCCAGGCUUUCAAGCCUUUCCAAAAUGCUCUAAAACUAUUUAGAUAGCAUUGAAACGCCUAUAAGUAUUUUUUUUUAAAUUUUUACAAAGAAUUUGGGUGUCUCCUAAUUGCUGAAAAGUUCUCCAAAUUAUUUCCAAACGCCUGGAAGUAAAUUUUUAACUUAUUCGAGGCCUUUAUAUUAUAUAGCCCUGAGGGUAUCCAAAUUGCUCUAAAGCUCCUUAAAGUACACUCAAAUGCCUCUACGUUAAGCAAGUUUUUUUUUGUAUUCAAGAACUAAAGAUUUAUAAAUUAUUUCCAAAUACCUCUAAAGAAAGUAAAUUUUUAUGUUAUUCCAGGUUUCUGUGUGUUUCCAAAUUGUUCUCACAUCAUCCAUAUUUUUAAUUUAUUUCAGGCUUUUAGGUGUUUCCAAAUUGCUCUUAGAGCAAGUAGAGUCUUAGUAGUCAAGUAGACCUAAAAAAAGCCCAUAAAUAAAUAAUUUGUUUGCUUACUCCAGGAACUCGGGUAUCUCCAAAGUUAUUUACUCUAAGAAUUAACUGCCUCUAAGAAAAUUUGUUGUCUUAUGCCAGAAACUUAAGUGCGUCCAAAUUACCCUUAAAAACCUCUAAGGGAUGUCUUAAUCCAGGAACUUGAGUGUCGCCUAAUUGCUCUAAAGUUCGCCAAUUUACACCCAAAUGUCUCUAAGUAAAUAAUUUUUUGUUUCAUUUUUGGAACUUGGGUGUCUGCAAGUUCCUUCCAAAAGCACCUUAGUAAAGUAUUUUUUAAAUUUUAGUCAAGGAACUUGGGUGUUUUUAGAUUGCUCUAAAGUAAAAUAAAUUUCCUGUUUAUUUCGGGCUUUUAUCAUUUUUGUGACGUAAUCAUUAACUAACAAAAAUUCAUAUUCAAGGCAAACUAAUUGACUGAAGUCAAAAUCAUUUGAUCUAAAUAAUUUUAAAUUUUCAAAUGAGGCGCCAUAUUGAACAAAAACUGUAGUUCACCCUUGCGACCAACUUAUUCCUGGCCACUGUUUCUUCGAAUUUUUGAACAAUUUCUUUUCCAUGUCGCAGUUUUACGAACCCUUCUUCUGGACUUCCCAUUCCCAGCUUCAUUCAAGUUUUGCACUUCAGCAUCAUCGCCACCACUGCUACUUGGAACAUAAUCUCCAUCUAUAUCAGAGUUAUCAGAGAAUGGCUCUGAAAAAGAGUCAUUUUAUUAAAAUCUGUUGUAGGUAUUUAAAUAAUAACGAAAAAAAUGCAAUUAUUAUGAUUAUGUUCUUAGUUCCAUAUGAAUUUGUAACGCUAUAAUGAAAAGAAAACUCGAUUUGUAUUAUCAUAACCUUAAAAAAUUGAUAUCAUAAAAUAUGCACCUUAAUUUUUACUUUAAAUAGAAAUUUUUCUUGCUAUAAUAACUACUUACCUCUUUCAUCGUCUGAUGUAAGCAUUUUGAAAUUAAAAAUGCACUUCAAUCACUAUUUUUCACGAUUUUAGUACGACAACUGACACUGACAAAAUCAUUAGUAAUCAACAGAAUAUAACAGUUUCCUUGGCUGCAAAUGGAUCCAAGUAUACUUGGACCCGUUUAGCUCUAAACAACUGUUAAGAUAUGGUAAGUAGUAAAUUUUCUUAUUGAUAGAUGGAGCCAUUAAGACUUGUUUUAUGCUUGGAUCUCUUUGCCACCAAGUAAAUGUAUAUAUUAAGUUUUGAUUUUUGCACUUAGCUCGAUAUUGAAAAAAACUCGACUUGGACCCCUUGGCUUCUGACCCCCUCAGUUACGGAUUAAAUAUGACUUAUUUUAUGCACAGGGUAUUACAUUAAAGAGAAAAUUAUUAUAAGGCAUAUUUUUUUUACUUUCACGUAUUUUUCAAGAAAUUUGAUGCAAAACGGCACUUUAAUUUUAGUUAUUUCAAAUGAAGCUGUAUUUAGAGGAACUCAUCAUGUUACCUUUAUUAAAAUAUCCCGCUUUAUGAUACAUAGUUUAUUUGGAGCAUUCAGCUUUAACCUUUGCCGAUAAAAAAAACAACAUAGAUCUUUGGUAAGUUUAUUAAAAGUCUUUUUAUAGAAAGAACCCAGGCAUAACCUAAAAGGAAUAGUUACAAAUUAUAAUAGAACUGCUAAAAUUUGUGAUAAUUCUUUUGAUCUGGCAGACUGCCGAUUUAUUUUUGAUGCCCAUGGUAACGUCUCAAAAAUCAACUUAUUUAACUACGACUCGAAUUAUUUUGGAUUUGUCAGUUUAUCCCUCUUUAAUCCAUCUAUAUCUUAUAAGACCACACUAAAAACGUUCCCUCCAAAAACUCUCUGCGGCAAAAUGUGUUAAUUAUGUUUUUUUUCGCACCUAUAAACAAAUUGUUACGUUUAUUUUCUUGCAGAGAUGCAGAUUGUUAUGAUUAUCAAAAUUUUAAAACGAAGUUUAUUGUCAAACAACGUGUGCCUUCUCAAAGUAGUUUUAAGGCUUUAAAAGUAAAAAGUAAAUUUAAAUGCACUUAAUUUAUCUUAUUUUAAGGAGACUUAAUUUAUUGUUAGGUUAAUCUUUUUUGCGUUUUUACACUGUUUUUACAAGUUUUAGUAUAGUUCGGAAGCUUUAUAGAAUAAGGAGAUGUUGUAUAUAAUUUGGCUUUUAGAAAAUGUUGAUAAUAAACUAUAUUUUUCUCAUUUGUA